GCAGAACGGCUCAAGCUUCGGUUUUAGCUUAUUGCGCAAUAGUAUGCGAUUUCGCCUCCCCGUCUGUGUGGUCAUCAGAUAAUCAUACCGACGACUCAUCGAAUCUUUGCCGACCACGAUAAACGCGCAGCCAUUGACUGGACCAAGUACCUCCUUUACAUACCUAGGUACCUAGGUAACACUGGGCUGAACCCUUAACCGCCCCCCCUGCCAGGAUAUCAAGAAGCGGCCGUUCCCUCCCUCCCUCGACCCGCCUGGCGAGGCUUCAUCUUCUCUUCUGGCUCCUGGUUCUGGUUCUGGUCCUAGUCUUGACUCUACCUACCUACCUAUUGAACAAUUCGUCUUGCCUCCAUCAACCAAUACACCAGCAAUGACAACGUACGGCACCGCCAACGGCACCGCCAACGGCACCGCCAAUGGCUCGGCAGCCGUGCCCAACGGCGUCCGCGGCGACGAGGAGCAGCCGCUGCUGCGCUCGCCCACCAAGCCGCGGUCCGCCGUGUCCCGGCUGCGCAGGCUGAUGACGGCCGAGGUGUCGCGAUCGUGGGCCGACAUUGUGCUGCUGCUGUGCUACGUCGUCACGGGGCUGCUGGACAGCGCGUCGACGCAGGUCUGGGGCGCCUUUGUGUCGAUGCAAACGGGAAACACCGUCUACGUCGGCCUCGGCCUCGCCUCGCUCAUCUACCCCCCGACCAACGCCCGCCUCUACAAGUCGGGCAUCUCGCUCGCCUGCUUCUGCGUCGGAUCCUUCCUCUUCGCCCGCUUCCACCGCUACUUCUCGCCCAAGCGCCGCUGGGUCCUCUGCGUCUCCUUCGCCGCCCAGACGCUCUUCAUCGUCGCCGCCGCCCUCAUCGUCACCCUGACGACGCCCUCGCCCGACAAGGACCACGUCGGCUGGACCGUCCUCGCGCCCCUCGCCCUCGUCGCCUUCCAGAGCUGCGGCCAGGCCGUCACCAGCCGCGCCCUCAAGUACAACGCCCUCACCAGCGUCGUCCUCACCAGCAUCUACUGCGACCUCUUCUCCGACCAGGACCUGUUUGCCUUUCAAAACGCCGAGAGGAACCGGCGGGCGGCGGCGCCUACGCUCUUGCUUAUUGGCGCUGUCGUGGGCGGCAUCUUUUCGCACAGCUCCUUUGGCAUUGCGGGUGCGUUGUGGACGGCCGCCACGCUCAAGGCGCUCAUGGUGGUCGCAUGGUUCUUCUGGCCGGCUGAGCCUUCAGAAGACGACGAGGAGUAGACUGGAAGGCGCUUCGGUUCAUUUCAAAUCUCAGCAUAGGGGCGUUGGAGGGGGUUUUGGAGGAGGGGCAUCAGCGUCAAGCAUUUACUGUAGUACAGUCAGUCAGUCGUGGC